AUGUUUUUAAAAAAUCAUACUUUUUAUGAUCUAAUCCCAGUAAAUAAAGCAUUUUUCACUUUAAUUUAUAAUGGUGUACGUGUUGCUAUUUUGUGGGAUUCUACUGAACAAAAACAUGUUGGCAUGUUGACAAUCACUGAUUUUAUACGUAUAUUACAUCGUUAUUAUGGUUCACCAGAUCAACCAAUAACGGAAUUAGAAAAACAUCAAAUUAAAACAUGGCGAGGUAAUUGUUUUAUUUAUACAGAUAGAUUAAAUUCAUUGUUUCAUAAGCAAAUACUUUAUUUAAGAGUGAAUAAUCGUUUGUAUUCGGCUAUGAUAUUGGCAAUGGUUUUUGGCUGGCUGUUAUGGUAA